AAUGAUCGUUGUUGAUCGCUUGUUGUGAAACUGUGAUUAAUUUUAUUUUAUAAACUAUUUUUUGACUUGAAUAAGUGGUAAAAAAUGGCUGCUAAGAUCGACCAGAAGGCUUAUUUACAGAAAUAUUUAGCUGGAUCGUCGGGUGACAAAAAGAAAAAGAAGAAAAAAGUCGUGAAAGGCAAAGGAAUCAAAUUGAUUGACGAUGACAUAGACCUGUCCAAACUCCGUCCACUAGAUGGUGAUGAGUUUAUAUUGGACGGGGGCGAGGAUGCCCCGCAGAUCGCCGGCAUCAUCGAUGAGAGACCUGAAGAUGUACGGAAGAUGGAGCAGUUCAAGACUAGCUCCAAGUGGAAAGUUGUUAACCAGGACGAUGGUUUCAACAGCAGACUACAAGUACAAGAAAUAAAAAGAGACAUCAAAGAGAAAGAGAAAGAAAACGAAAUUAUAUUCGGCAAAAUGUACAGUGACUCUGAAGACGAAAAGGAAACAGAGAAAAAUAACUCAAAGAGUAAAGAUAACGGUUCUAAAAAGGCUCAAAAUAGUGAUAGUGAUAUUAGUCCUCCAAGGCAAAGAUCACCUCAAAAAGACAAGAAAUAUGAUUCAGAUCAAUCUCCUCCUAGAAAAAACAGUCAAAAAAGAAAAAAGAGAAGAGGUAAUGACUCUGACGAGUCACCACCAAGAAGGAAAGAUGAAAGAAUUAAAAAGAAUUACGAUUCUGACCAAUCACCCCCAAGAAAAGGUCAAGAACGAAAGAAUUAUGAUUCUGGUCAGUCACCUCCAAGAAAAUCUCAGAAAGAACAGAAGAGGUCAGACUUAUCGCCUCCUAGAAAAGGUCAGAAAGAAAGAAGUAAGAAUUAUGACUCCGAUGUAUCGCCCCCGAGGAAGAUUCAAAGUAAGUAUGGUACCGAUCAAUCGCCGCCAAGGAAAAGGGAAAAUAGACAGAAGGAAAGAAGAAAACCGAGUCGCUGGGGUGAAUGGGAGAAAGAACAAGACUUAGAUAUGUCACCGCAAAGAAAAUCAAGUAAAAGCUCAAAAUCUCCUAAAAGACAUUCAAGGUCACCACAAAGAAAAAAUAAGCACUCUCGCAGUUCAACUUCACCAAGAAGGACCGAGAAUGAGAGGAAAAGGAAAUCUCCAAGGAACGGUUCUGAUUCUGAUUUGUCACCGCCGAGAAAACAGAAUAAUAAAGAUAAAAGGAGAAAAUCCUCAGAUUCUGACUUGUCGCCGCCUAGAAAGAAUGAUGCUAAGAAUAGAAGGAAGAGGAAAUCUCCAAGGAACGGUUCUGAUUCUGAUUUGUCACCGCCGAGAAAACGGAAGGAUAAAGAUAAAAGGAGAAAAUCCUCAGAUUCUGACUUGUCGCCGCCUAGAAAGAAUAGUGCUAAGAAUAGAAGAAACAGUGACUCUGACCAGUCACCGCCCCGUAGAAAAAAUGACAGCCCGCCACCAACCCACAAGAAAAUGGCUCGGACCCUCGAAGGGAAGCUAGCCGGAUUACAAGAUGCCGUACAACUGAGACAGGAGAACGAAGCGUUCAGGAGGAGAGAGGAGGAAGCCUUCAGUAGGAUGAACGAUGAAGUGUCGGGGAGAACGGCUAAAGUGGUCUCUAGGAAGAGUAAGGAGAACGAAGCGUUCAGGAGGAGAGAGGAGGAAGCCUUCAGUAGGAUGAACGAUGAAGUCUCUGGGAGAACGGCUAUGGUGGUCUCUAGAAAAAGAAAGCUAGCGCGACUACAAGAUGCGGUACAAUUGAGACAGGAGAACGAAGCGUUCAGGAGGAGAGAGGAGGAAGCCUUCAGUAGGAUGAACGAUGAAGUGUCGGGAAGAACGGCUAAAGUGGUCUCUAGGAAGAGAAAGCUAGCGGGACUACAAGAUGCCGUACAACUGAGACAGGAGAACGAAGCGUUCAGGAGGAGAGAGGAGGAAGCCUUCAGUAGGAUGAACGAUGAAGUGUCGGGGAGAACGGCUAAAGUGGUCUCUAGGAAGAGAAAGCUAGACAGACUACAAGAUGCCGUACAACUGAGACAGGAGAACGAAGCGUUCAGGAGGAGAGAGGAGGAAGCCUUCAGUAGGAUGAACGAUGAAGUGUCGGGGAGAACGGCUAAGGUGGUCUCUAGGAAGAGUAAAAGAGACACAUCAGAAGAGAGGCAGAAGCAGAAAGAGAAAGCGGAGAGGCAGAAGGAACUUGAUGAGAAAUACAAAAAAUGGAGCAGAGGCCUAAAACAGAUAGAAGACCAAGAAUGCCGCGUCCAAGAUUUCGUACAUGAGGCGUCUAAGCCUCUAGCCAGACAUAUAGACGACGUAGAUUUAGAAGGCAGGCUUAAAAACAUCGAGAGAGCGGGAGAUCCUAUGCUCGCUUACAUGAGAGAGAAGAAGAGGGAACGAGGGGAACUGCCACCAGAACGGCCCGCCUACAAAGGCAGUUUCCCGCCAAACCGCUUCAACAUCCGGCCCGGCUACCGCUGGGACGGGGUCGAUCGUUCCAAUGGCUACGAAAAAAGUUAUUUCGACCACCAGAGUAAAAGGCGAGCGCAGGAGGAAGAGGCGUAUAAAUGGAGCACUGAAGACCUAUAAGCGACCUUAUGGGUAUGGAUAUUGAGUGCAUUUUAGAUUGACUUGAUUUAGACACU